UAAAAAAUGGGCGUUAUAGCUGGUGUAGCCUGUCAGGAUUUUUCAAAUCGUACACGAUAUUAUGGUAAUAUUAGAAAAGUUGGUAAUAGUCCAAGAAGACAACAACAAUGUAAACCAAUACUAGAGAGAAAUGAGGAAGAUUCAAAUCGCAAUUUUCAUCUGGAUUCUAUCAAUACAGCCAACUCUGAUGUUUUAUAUAAAAUAAAAAAUAAUCAUAAUGAAGAAAAUGUAACACCUGAUCCUACAGCAAAUGAACUAAACGGUUGGAUACGUGUUCAUUGUGGCCCAGAUCGGAAUGAAUUAACAUCAAUGGAACCUAGUCGUAUUAUAUAUUGUGAUUUAAAAACGACAACCGCAAAAGAGAUAGCAAGAGAAUUAAAUAUACCAGUUGAGUUUUGUUUAUGGAUGCAAAUUGGUGGUUCAGUUUCACAACGUCUUCUAGAAACUGAUAAACCAUAUGAAAUUCAAGAGGAAUUUUUUAAAAAAAUUGGAUAUACAGACUCUAACCGGCGUUAUCGUUUAAGUAUUGAUCCUGAUAUAAAACAUUUAUUAAGAUUUUUUAUUGGACCAAGUGAAAUUAAUGUAUGCCGUGGUGUUUUAAAAUCUGGUAUUGUUGAUAUACUUAAAGGAUUUGUAUUUCCACAAUGGAAAAAACGUUGUAUAGCAAUCAUUGGAAAUUUAUUAUUUUUGUGGCCAAAUCAACCAAAUCAUAUGAAUGCAGAAAUAUUUGAUUUGGCAGGUGCUGAUGUCUUUGAGCAAUCACCAUAUUAUGAACGUUUAAUAUUAAAAAUAAUACCAAAAAUUAAAUGUUUUGAUAAUACAAAUUUUUAUAUGAAGGAUAAUCAUAAAUUAAGCUUAAAAACCUUAAACGUUUUACAAAAUAGUAUUAGUAGUAGUAGUAGUAACGCAACAGAAAAUUUAAAUAAAAAUUACAGUAAUAAUAAAAAUAACGUUAAUAUUAGUAGUAACAAUUAUAAUAAUAAACUCUCUUCAAUUUCAAGUGCUCUCAAUAUAAGUAACAGUAGUAUUAACUCAAAUUCAGAGCGUGAAAAGGUACUAUUUUUAGGAUUUGAGGAAUCAUGGGAACGUGAUCUAUGGAGCGGAUGGUUACUUGAGGCUACAUCAGAAACAAAUGAUUCUAAACGACUUGAUAUUGGAAAUUCUGGUUUAAGAACAAUCCCAGAAGUUGUAUUGCAAUCAAUUGAGGAUGUCGAAGAAUUACUUGCAGGACAAAAUAAAUUACAGGAGAUUGGUUUACAAGCUUUAGCACAAUUUUCUCAAUUACAAAUAUUACGUUUGCCAGGAAAUGGAUUCUCAUCAUUUCCAUUAUCAUUGUUGUCAAUAACUAGUUUGACAGUUUUAGAUUUAGCUGAUAAUUCAAUUGAUAAACUACCUGAUGAAAUAUCACAGUUAAUAAAUCUACAAGAACUUAGAAUAGAUCGAAAUGUAGUUACUGAACUUCCAAAUAAUCUAAGAUAUUUGCGUAAUUUAAAAUCGUUACAAGCAUCGCAAAAUCAAUUAAGAAGGUUACCACAAUUUAUGAUUAGAAUGAAAACAAUGGGCCUUGUUGAUAUGUAUGCUCCUAAACCACCUUGUAAUAAAUUGACGGAUAGUAAUAGCAGUAAACAAAAUCUGAACAAUCAACAACAACAACAGAAUCAGCAACAAAAGUUUCAUCAAGACAAUAGAACCCAAUCAAGUCCACCGUUAACAAAAGUUAGUUUGAGAGCAAAUCAUUUAAGAGGCAACAUUAUUUUAGGAAAUUAUGGUAAUUUAACACAACUUGAUGUUAGUGAAAAUGAAAUUGAGAUUUUAGAUUUAUGUGCUCUUGGACAAUUGGAAUCUUUACAAUGUUGUCGAAAUAAAUUAACCGAGUUAAUUGUAAAUGGAAGUCAUUUAACUUCAUUGAUUGCUGGAAAUAAUGAAUUGAAAAAACUCUCAAUUGUCCCAGUUCCAUCAAAAUUGAGACAUCUUGAUGUGAGUUUUAACAGUUUAGUUGAAUUACCGCAAUGGUUGAAUGGAUGUAACCAAUUAAGAACACUGUUCGCAAACAAUAAUCAACUAAGAGUGCUUCCUGAUCAUUUAUUUUGUAGUGAAUUAAAUACUUUGCAUACGUUACAAUUAAGUUAUAAUAAUCUUCAAACAAUACCAGCAAUGCCAAGACGAAAGCUUCAACUACAAGAACUGUUUCUUCAGUGUAAUGAACUUCUUGAACUAUCUGAUAACUUUUUUUUUGCGUGCGAAAAUUUAGUUCUUUUAAAUGUUUCCAGUAAUAAAUUAAGCUCGUUUCCGAUUACCGACAAUACGGCUGCUCAGUUAGAACGAUUGUAUGCAACGAAAAAUGAUUUAACUGAUCGUAUAUGGGAUACGUUGGUUUGUUUCAAAAAUUUAAGAAUUUUCCAUGCCGCGUAUAAUAAACUUACAACUUUACCCGAUGAGUGUGUUCGCAAUUGGGCUGAAUUAGAAGAACUUGUCUUAUCUGGUAAUAAUCUACAACAUUUACCAGAUUUCUUAUCAUAUCUAACACAUUUAAAAGUUUUGCGAGUACAUUCAAAUCGUUUACAAACAACUCCAGCUUUAUCGAAAACAUCGACGCUUCGUGUUCUUGAUUUGGCUCAUAAUCAAUUGGACAAAAUUAAUUUAGUAGCUUUAGUACCAAAGAAAUUACAGUUUUUAGAUUUAUCUUGCAACGUUCAGUUGCAAGUUGACCCUAAACAGUUGCAAGUAUGUAGAUCUCAAAGGCCAAUGAGUUUAAUUGAUGUAUCAGGCAAAAAUCGUUCAAGUCUCCCGACAUCACCCGAUUCGUUAAAUGAAAAUAUGGAUUAUGAACCACCUUGGAAGGUAGGGUUUUCUGAAGCUGCGGGAAAUUCAUCAAAAUUGUACAUAUCACAGCUUAGGUUACCAAAUUUUUGCAAUAUUGAAGGACUUUUUGGAAUGUUUGAUGGGGAAGUAAAUAAUACGGUACCAAGUUUACUGGUUAAAUGUAUUCCAAAACUUCUUCUAGAAGAAAGAACAGUCAAGGAAACUGCUGGAGAAUAUAUGAAAUACACAUUGCUUUCAGCUCAUCGGGAACUAAAGCAUCAUGGACAAAAAUAUGGCGUAUGUGCUACAUUAUGCCAUAUAUCUAGAGAUAAGACAAAUAACGAUUGCGUAAGUAGCGCUGUUCAAGGACGAAAAUUUGUGUUAAGGAUAGCUAGUGUAGGAGAAGCGUCUGCGUACUUAAUACGAAAAAAUGGUUAUGUUAAAUUAACGCCAGGAAAUUCAAAAAGAAAAAUUGGGAGCAGUGCUAGUUUUCCGGUUAUAGUCCCGGAUCCUGAAAUAUCAGAAGUGACUCUCGGAGAUCAAGAUGAUUACCUAAUAAUAGCAAAUAAAAAACUGUGGGAAAUUGUUGAAAUUGAAAUUGCUAUUAAAGAAAUUAAAUGUGAAGAAAAUGUAAUAUUAGCUGCAAAGCGUAUACAAGAUAUCGCGCAAAGUUUUGGUGCUGAAGAAAAUCUUAGUUUAAUUCUUGUAAAAUUUAAUAAUUUAGGAACAGAUGUAGAUUUUUUGAUACGAGAAUUAAGGCAAACUGUUCGAAAAAAGUCCACAGGAAUAAUGUCGAAUUUUUGCAAAUGUGGUUGUUGUUGUGAACCUAACAAUAGUUGCUGUCAUUCACCUGGAAGCGUCCAGUUUAUUAGACAAUUUUCUGGUAGAAGUGAUCGAUCAUCGCCUAGUGGUCAAAGCGACCAAGCAGGAAGUGAAUUGAUUUCAAAUAUGCCAAAAUCAAAGUUCGAUACAAUUUCAACAAAAACAAAUAAAACAAAUAACCCAAAUCGAAAUAUUAAAAAUGGAAUAGCAAGAGCUGUGAGGGCCAGAAUUGAAGAAGAACAUGAAAUGGAUGAUAAUGAUUCAGCCUUAUCUGAGGAACAAUUUAAAUGUUGGGAAUAUAUGUUAGAACAAAACACACAUAUAUUAUUUGAUAAAGAAUUGAACACAAUAUCAAAAGGUUUAACUAAAAAUCGAAGUUAUGAUAAAAGUUCAAGUAUAAUAAAUUUAAAUAAUGGUAGUCAAUCGAAUUUGUCUAAAGCAAGUAGUAACAAAGUUCUUUCAGCUAGUUCUCCACAACUUUUAUAUAAUGAUCCAAAAUUGAUAACUGGUUCGGUUCCAUAUCAGUAUAAUAGUAAUUCAUUUUUAUCAAAACAUUUUGGCAGCGCGAGAUCAUUUCAACCUCCACCACCAACAUUUUUUAAAUCAUCUAAAGGUUUAACAUCUGGACGUUUACCACCAAUUGGUGCCGGUGCAAAUGCCGCAUAUUUUGGGUCAUUACAAAGACUGAUGCCUUAUAAUUUAGAAUACGAUUUUGCUGCAAUGCAUGAAAGGCACUCUGAAGAAGAUCUUGAUCAUGAAAAUAGAAUGCGUCAAUAUUGGGGUGUUGCCACAACUGAAUUAUAAGAUUAUUUUUAUUUCGUUAUAAAAUAAAAUAAUUUUCAUUUUAUUAUACGUAACGUUUAAGAAAAUUAUAAUGCUUUUCUGAAUUUGAUUUAAAUAUAAGUUCUAUCUUU